AUGUUGCCGAGAUGUCUUGUCCUAAGCUUCUCAGACCAGAGGCCUGUACUGCUCAUGUCGUCAGGCCCCAGGCUGUUAAGUAUGGAGGCGCUUUCUCUCCACCGUCAGACUUGGCGAAGCAUACUUGCCUUCGGUCGUGCAGUAGAGGAGAUGACGAUAUUGGUUCUGAACUUCUCGACAUUUUCCUAUCAAAAAGCGAUGGCGGUGGAAGCUUGA